GAACGCGCGCUCUGGAGAAGUUUGCUUGUGGGACCGAAUAGCAGACACAGGUGAAGUGUGUUUGGGUGUGUGUUUGUGUGCAUCCUCGGAAAACCAUUUUUGCCACGUAAUUACGAAUGCACAUUAGGCAUUCCGUCUUUCUUCUAUUCCGGGGUCUCUCUGUUUUGUUUUGUUUUAUUUGUGCUCGCUGAACAUUUGCCUCGCGCUGCGUUCUCUUCACGUGUGUAUAUGCGCGUGCGUACGUGCGUGCGUGUGCGCGAGCGUGUGUGUGUGUGGGUGUGUGCAGUGCACGGACGCGGAGUUUCGACGGGGCUGCGGUGUUGUCCAGCCUCCUCGCGCUCACAGGCCAGCCUGCUUUUACGAGCGCGUGAGCGUGCGUUUAGGCUGCGCCAUUCGGGCGAUCUGCGCUCAGUCUCAGCAGGCACGCGCUCCGACAAACGACGUGAAGUGAAAGCUUUGCGGGUUUUUCUUUUUUUUCCUCACUUUUUUCUCACUUUUUUCCCUCACUCCAUAAGGAAAUUACGACGGAAUCGGUGCAAAAAAAAUUAAAAAAUAAAAAUUUUUGCGCACUUUAUUGGCGGAGUGCGCACAGGCGGACAAACGCGCCUCCAAACUGCUUUUUCCCGCACGGAACGGACACACACCGGAUCACGGAUCAUCCGUGAAUACGUUGAAAUCAGGUUUUUUUUUUGGAGACUGGUAUUUUUGUAUAUUUUCUUCUCGCCUAUGCUUGGGACGGUCCGAUUUCCCCCCCUUCUUCUCUAGCCUGUUUGCGUCAUGACUUCUAGCUAUGCGCAUGUAAUGGACAGACGAGCCGUGGCGGUGCCCAGUAGACUGGAGAGCCCCAUUACAGCCAGCGUGGACAACCUGCAAGCCAAAAAGAACUUCUCCGUGAGCCACCUGUUGGAUCUGGAAGAAGCAGGGGAGAUGGUGGGCGCGCAAGCGGAUGAAAGCGUGGCAGAGACCGGCAGGACAAUGCUCGAGUCUCCGGGGCUGACCAGCGGCAGCGACACGGCGCAGCCCGAGAAUGAGCAGUUGAACUCCGAGGAGAAGAAGAAGCGUAAGCAGAGGCGGAACAGGACCACGUUCAACAGCAGCCAACUGCAGGCACUGGAGCGGGUUUUCGAGAGGACACACUACCCCGACGCUUUUGUGCGAGAGGACCUGGCCCGUAGAGUUAAUCUCACCGAGGCCCGAGUGCAAGUGUGGUUUCAGAACCGGCGAGCGAAGUUCCGCCGUAACGAGCGAGCCAUGCUGGCCAGUAAGAACGCCUCGCUCCUCAAAUCCUACUCAGGAGACGUAACAGCGGUGGAGCAGCCCAUCGUGCCUCGUCCUGCCCCACGGCCCAACGACUACCUAUCCUGGGGCAGCGCCACCCCUUACAGCUGGUUUCCGAGUUCGGAGGGAGGGCCAGUGCGAGUGCCACAGAAAAUGCUGCCCACAGAAAGCAACACAAUGGCAACCUACCCACCCACUUGUGCCAACACCACUUCCACCCAGGGAAUGAACAUGGCCAACAGCAUUGCUAACCUAAGACUAAAAGCCAAGGAGUACAGCCUCAACCAGGUCCCUACUGUUAACUGAGACGAGGGGUGAGAGACUAAAGAAGGGAGGAUGGAAACGAAGAAGAGGAAGCCUCAACGGAGUUCGAUGACUUCACAAGGCCUUUAAAGAAAACGGGACAAAUUGGUCUGAGAUUCCUCUUUCUGCAAAACUCCAUUGGGAAAGGAACAAUCCGAACGUCCUUCUGGAAUUAUGGAUCUUCUUCCUCCUCCUUCCUCCCUCCUCCUUUUAUGCUGGAUUUUUUUCGUUACCAUCUUCAUCACUGUUGAUGAAUGUAGAGACGUUUUUGAGGAAAUGAAACUCUUCAUAUAUCUGGACUAAUGUGGAGACUGUGAGGCAGACAUAGUGUCUGGAUGAUUUAACCCUUCCCCCUCCAUUCUUUUCUUUUUUUUAUGACAUUAGAUUCAGCUAAACGAAGUGAGUUCUUCAAAGGAUGAUCGUAGUUUGCUUAAGUUUGAAUUUACUCAACGUGAAGGAAAAAAUGGCGGAAAUGAGAAAAAAAAGGGAUUCUGGAGCUGUAGGAGAUGUAAAAAGCCAAUUCACCUGAACUCUAAAAAGCUAAAGGAACAUCGAAUCAGCUGAACAGCUGAACCAUGACGAAGGUCAUGUCUUAAAUACAUUUCAUUCUAUAUAACCUACUGUACCACUGACACCUAGCUGUUGGUUGAUGGUGAAACAUGUAACGUCGCAUACUAACACAAAUAUAAUUUGUUUUUCAAGGACAACUUAUACUUCCUGUUUGGUUUUUUUGUCUGUAUGAAAUUUUAUAAUUCAAAGCAUAUGGGAAUAAAGAGUCUUGCAUCUCAA